AUGCUAUUCUCCAGGGCGUCCAAGAUACGCGUGUCGCAGCUGAUGCGCCGGCUGCAGUCAACGGCGGUAGGCAGGGCUGCUUCCAGACCGGAGAUGCUGCAGCUGGAGGCAAAACUGGCGGAUGUCAUGAAGGACAAGAAAGAUCUCGGGCGCGUAAUGGCGGCACUGCGGGAGACAGUGCAGGGCGUAGUCGAAUCAGGAGGAUUGUCUGACCGGACGCUAUUGCGCUCCAAUUCGGUGACCAAUGACCUGGGAAAGCUGCUCGAACAGUCAAACAAGCAGCUGCGCGGUGAAAUAGAAACAGACACAGUGCCUCCGACUCCAUACGAGAUUUUAGUUACAUUAGUGGACUUGAAACUUGCCCGGCGGACUCAUUACGAGCAGGUUAUGCAGUAUUUGCUUGCCAAUGGCGAUGCGGAGGCCGCUCUAGGCGUGUGGGUAAAGUACCUUGAAUUCGUGGCCCAGAUGCCGCAGAGGGAGGGCGCCGAGGAAACAUAUGUGAUGGCCUAUGCAUCCAUCGCGUAUUUCUUUUUGGGUGCUGCGGACGUUGACGUUUUGUUGCAGCUACUGAACAGGGAAGCAGGACAGUAUAAAGACAUUCCUCUAUUCAGAAUCGAGCAGCUUCAGUCGCAGAUAGGACUCUCAGAGUCGAACCUGACGAAGGUGCGCGAAAAUUUGGCGGCAAUCCAUAAGCAGCUACUUGUGGAUAAGAAGGGCUACUUUCUGGACGUAAUCUUGCCGGAGUGCUAUUAUCCUCUACUACAUUCCUACUACAAGCGCUAUUCUGAUCUUGAAGGCCUAGUAGACGAAGACUUAGCAGCAGGGUUCAUGAUUAACUUUUCGCGUAUUGGGAAACACACCCUAGCGAUGAAGUGCUAUAAUGAUGCUGUUAAGAAAGCUGGUGGAAAGCCUGGAGUAGUGUUGAAGAAUGCCCUGCUUACUGUCGUUGCCCGUAUGGGGGAAACAGCCAUUAAUAGAGUGAAUGCCACUCGAAGAAUCGAGGCUGUCUGGAAUUCUUACUUUAGAGAGGAUGAUGUUAUUGACGUUUCCUCAUAUAAAGCCUUGCUAAAUGCUUUGAUUAUAUUGAAGCGGUUUGACAAAGUCCAGAGUGUCUGGGAGCUUGAUAUUCCAGAGGAAUUGAAGAAGGACCAUACACUACUGCAGACCUAUCUAGAAGGAUGCGCUCAUCGCACCAACGUUUCCUUGCCUGAACUUUUGAAGCAGCUUCCUGAGGCGGUUACGGACGUCAACUUGGCGAACGCAGUGUUGUUAAAAAUGGCGAACACGAGUGGAAGUGCGUCUAUGUUCGAUUCCUUCUACGAUAAGACAUUUAAGGGCCCGGGCUCUCUAAGGCCAACCCCAUUGACUUUGGCGACUCGUCUCUUGAUGGGUUAUGCCACUGCUUCCGAUCCUGCCAAGUUCAACUUCUUUGACCAUACUCCGAUACCUCGCACGAUGAAGAACGCUGUCGCAGAAGAAUUUUUGAAAAUUUGUUCCGAUAGCGAGGCCAUUAAACGUUUCUAUGAAUCUUCGAAGGCUUCUCUGAAACUCGACGUGUUCAGUUCUCGUCGCGUGGGGAAAAUCAUCGAGGCAUCGUUUAACAUUGGGGACUGGAAGACAGCCGAAGCUAUCUUUAAGGACCACAUAACCACGUCGAACGCCAAAUCGCAAAUCAAUGUACACACGUUGCUACCGCUGAUUGCAGGGUUCUCGAACCUAAUUUUGCGUAACAAUGAGCCAAGUUUCCUUUCCAAGUUGGAUACUUAUUGGCAACUGGCGUCGAGAGUUUACAAGACAAUACCCUUCGAAUUUCUCAACAAGACCGCGACCGCCGUUGCCUCGCUGUGUCUAAAGGAAGCUAAGCUUACCGAUGAGCAUUACAAUUUCAUUAAUGCAGUCGUUAUGUCCGAGCUUGCAAGAUCUAAAAAAGAUCAUGGGUACGUUCUAAACGCCAGAAUUUACCAUAGUAUUACUAAAGAUCAAAAAAUUAGCGUUCCGCCGGAAUUGUUGUAA